AUGGUGAGUGCUGAUAAAGUGAGAGAACAACAAGUUUACGACCAGUUGAAGAGUCGCCAUAUUGGGCUAGGAGAUUCAAACACUACAAAACAUGAAUGGAUGACAAAUGUUCAUAGAGAUUCAUAUGCUUCAGUUGUUGGUCAUCCUGCGCUAUUGGAAUAUCUAGCCAUUGCUCACGAUAAGCCAAAGGUCCAAUUAAAAGAGGAACUGAUUAUGAAAAUGGUCAAGCCAUGUGCACCAAUUACAAAAUCUGAGCAAUGA